AUGGGGGGAGCCAAAAGCAAAAGCAGCAUUAUUGGCUUAGCAUUCUUGAUAUGUUACAGCACAAUCUUAUCCUGUUGUUCUGCUCAGCAACAGCAAGACACAGAGCCGAAUUACCUGAAGAUGGUGGUGAACGCGAGCGAGCUUCCAUUGGAAGAUUACUACGAUUAUAUAAUCGUGGGUGGAGGCACCGCGGGGUGUCCAUUGGCGGCCACACUGUCGCACGCGUAUAAAGUUCUUGUGCUCGAACGAGGAGGUGUUGGCCAUGACAAGCCCAACUUGAUGACCCAAGAAGGGUUCUUGACAACACUCUUGAACGCAAACGCAAACGCAAACGCUCACGACUCUCCUGCACAAGCUUUCACUUCCGAAGAUGGGGUUCCCAACGCUCGUGGGCGCGUUCUUGGUGGCAGCAGCGCCAUCAAUGCAGGGUUCUACAGCCGAGCCGAUCAUGAUUUCUUCACGAGGUCUGGCUUGACUUGGGACAUGAAGGUUGUCAACGAAUCCUACGAAUGGGUCGAGAGAGAAAUCGUGUUUAGACCACAGCUCAAGACAUGGCAGUCCGCGGUUCGUGAUGGGUUGCUCGAAGCAGGGGUUGGUCCUUACAAUGGUUUCACAUUAGAUCAUGCAACUGGUACCAAGAUUGGUGGUUCCACCUUUGAUAACACUGGAAGAAGACAUAGCUCUGCUGAUCUUUUUAGAUAUGCGAAGCCAUCGAAUAUCAAUGUGGCUGUUUAUGCUAGCGUUGAGAGGAUUCUUCUUGCUGGUUCUUCUGCAUUUGGGGUCCUUUACCGUGACCAAUUGGGAAGGUAUCAUCAUGCAAUCGUGAGGGAACACGGUGAGGUUAUUCUCUCCGCUGGUGCAAUCGGAAGCCCUCAGAUUCUUCUUCUCAGCGGUAUUGGUCCAAGGCCUUAUCUUUCUUCAUGGGGUAUUCCAGUAUCUCAUCACCUUCCCUAUGUUGGUCAUUUCCUCUAUGAUAAUCCUCGUAAUGGAAUCACUAUUCUCCCCUCAGUUCCACUCGAGCAUUCACUCAUACAAGUUGUGGGCAUUACUGAUUCUGGUGCUUACAUCGAAGCCGCAUCCAAUGUCAUUCCUUUUGCAUCCCCUUCCCAAACUGUCUUCAUCCGCACACCUUCUUCCCCACUUUACCUCACAGUGGCCACCCUCAUUUCAAAGAUUUCGGGACCAAUCUCGAGUGGUUUUCUCAGACUGGCUUCCACGGAUGUCAAGUUCAAUCCUAUUGUCAGGUUCAAUUACUUCAACAACCCGGUUGAUGUUGAACGCUGCGUGAAUGGCACCAGAAAGAUUGGUGAUAUACUGAGGAGUAGGGCAAUGCAUGAUUUCCAAUUCAGGAAUUGGUUAGGGGGACAAGACUUUAGAUUUGUAGGGCCUGCAAUGCCCAUUGACCUAUCAAACUAUGUUCAGAUGGCUGAUUUCUGCCGCAGGACAGUGAGCACCAUAUGGCACUACCAUGGAGGCUGCGUCGUGGGUAGGGUGGUUGAUCCUGAUCUUAAGGUCAUUGGAAUUUCCUCACUUCGUAUUGUGGAUGGAUCAGUGUUCAGUGUGUCCCCAGGAACCAAUCCUCAGGCCACAUUAAUGAUGUUAGGACGGUAUUUUGGGCUCAAGAUAAUAAAAGAAAGGGAAGGACAGAAAUGAUUGUUCACACCUGCACUUCUAUUUUGCUAUUCUACUAAUAGGAGAUUACCUUUUGGUUUUUUGGUACUAGGACUGUAUUGAUUCUUGAUGUUCAACUUGGAUCCUUAAUACUCUUAAGUAAAAUGACGCACAAUUUAGCAAAUAACACUGCUAGUAGCAACUGUAACUAAUGGGGGUGGAUUAGUAAUGAUAUUUUCCCCUCACUGUUGAUUAGAUCGGGUUCUUAGCUGAAUAAUGCCGAGUUGCUAACAAUCAAGG